AUUUUUAAACAUGACACAAGCACACACGCAAAUUCGCCAGGACCCGCCUGUUGUUCACCCAAGAGUGUCCUUUUGUUUGCCCUAACUCCUUUCUUUCAGGCACACGACCACUCACAACAGCACAUUAAACAUAAACGCACAUAAACACACAUAAUUAAACUAUCCUUCCCCCCUCCUCUCUCUCUCUCUUUCUCUCUCUCUCGCUUCCUCCCACCCGCUGCUGCCCCUUCCAUUCUUUACUUUAACAACAAAACGCAGUAAGGAAAACCACACUAGAAAACACACGCGAAGCGCGACUUAAUCUCUCCUUCUCCUUCUCUUUCUCUCUCUCAAUCUCACACUCUUACACACACACACACUCUCUCUCUUCGUUUUCAAGCAUACAUUCAGCAAACAAUCAACUCUUGGAAAAGCAACAGAAUGUCUCAAGACGCCAGCAACAUCAACAACAACAACAACAAUACCUACCCUGCAGGGAACGAACUCGCCCACCUACGUUCACAAAACGAACAACUGUGGAAGAUUAUCGAGAAACAACGUGUCAUGAUUCAAAACCUGCAAAAGGACAAUGCUCGACUUGCCAUUGAACGUGAUGGUGUUAUGGAUAAGCUUCAACAACUAGAACGACAAGCUGGCCUGAAAAAACAAAAGCAACGAGCGGCAUCGAUUCUCAUCUCGCCUGAAAUGUUGCGCGAAAUUGCAGAAGCAGAUGAUGCUACUGCACCCACGUCAUCCGACACGACAACAUCUCCUAUAGACUUACCUGUGCCCACGAUCAUCACUACCAACUUGUCACCGGCGACAAGCAAUACUAACAGCGGCAGCAACAGCAGCAGCAGCAGUCCAGUGCCACCACCACGGUCGCCGUUCAGAUCGGUCAAGCCCGUGGAUGGUUCACCACCUGCAUCGCCAGUGCCCAUGGAUAAGGCUGCGCGCCGUGCACGGGCCCGAGAAAGCAUGAUGCCGCCACCGCGCAAUGGGUUGCCAGAAUACGACCCUACGAUGCGUGCAGCAUCGCCUCCAUUGCCUCGUAUGCCGCCACGACACUCCAUGUAUUAUCGACCACCCACUGCAGAGCCUGAAGAGGUACCCACUAUCCAGGAACCAUCCGAUCCCCUUAAUCGAUCGGCGGUCAAUGGUGCUGGUAUACAGCAGCAGCAACAACAACAACAACAACAUCAGAUGCCAUUAGCAUUAGGGGAUGUAUCUGUCAAAGUGGUUGGAUCUAAUAUCAAGACAAACGAUCGUGGCAAAGAAGUCAUUGCGUUUAUCAUUGCUGUCAACCGCAAGUCAUCGAUGGACAGCGAGCAGCAUGAACUGUGGCGCGUAGAGAAAUUGUACUCGGACUUUUUGGAUCUCGAUACCCAGCUUAAAACACAACCGAAUCCAGCAGUAACAAGCAAGAUCAGUAAGCUACCUGACAAGGCGUUGUUCACGACACAUGCACCCAACAAAGUGGAUAUGCGCAAGGUUGCACUGGAGCAUUAUUUGCAACAUGCCGUGUCGCUCCCUUGGGACGACAUGUCCGAUCUGUGCGAGUUUUUGAGUACGAACGUGAUUGAGCAUGACGUCUCAUCUCAGGCAAUCGGGAAGAAGGAGGGUUAUUUGACUAAGCGGGGCAAGAAUUUUGGCGGGUGGAAAUCGCGCUAUUUUGUCCUGAAUGGAGAUGUGAUCAACUAUUACGAAUCCAAAGAUGGCAGUCAGCUUGGCACAAUUCGUCUCACCAAUGCACAAAUUGGACGACAGACAAACGGUGUAACCCCAACGGCGGAUGAAAGCAACAGCAUAUACAGACACGCUUUUCUGCUAGUGGAGCAAAAGCGCGCGGGAUCUUCUCAUCUCGUACGUCAUAUUCUGUGCGCGGAUUCGGACCAGGAUCGCGAUGAAUGGGUCGAAGCUAUCAUUCAAAACAUCCGUUUUGAUGAAGAACCCCCUGCCGAGCUCGCCAAAGGUCAAAACAAGCGCAAUAAGAAGGAAAAGCCACGCAAGCCGUCCAAGGGCGAAGUGCCUGCUCUGCGAGAGCCUGCCGGCGCCACUGCUGCUCCUGGAGCCGUCAUUGAUAACAACAGCAGUGUGGGUGUUGCCAUCAGCAGCGGUGUAGGUCCCACUCCAUCCGUAUCGAGCGACAGUACGGAUUCAUCGCUACUGUCGACAUCUUUGCCUUCUACCACGGGCGUCUGGCCACCCACUGAAGUGGGCAGAGCCAGUUUGGAUCAAUUACCACAGCACGGUCGCAACUUACAUACACCGCCACCUAUUCUUGUACGCCGUAGCUCAAUGACCAAUCUCACUGACGAAAAUCAACACCAGCCUCUCAUGCCUCCACAACGCGCGCCUUCGCCUUCCGGUCGUUCGAGCGAGGACUUGUUGAACAGUAGCGACGAUGUGAAUGAAAAAAAGAGCAAGAACAAGGCGAACCGCAUGACCUUUUGGCCGAAAAAGAUGUUUGGCAGCAGCGACGCGACACCCGCGCCUAAACCAUCGACGUCUCUGACGACCGACGCAUCGUCCACGUCUACAUCCGCCAGCAGCAGCAAUGCACCACGUGUCAGUACUGCACCCACGGGCUUCCGGAGCUUCUUGUCGCGCACUUCCAAUGAAGCGUCGGAUGCAAAGCGAGGCGGAGCUCCUGGAGCAAUUGCCAAGCAAUCAGAGGUGUUUGGACCGAACCAAGUGUUUGGCGUGCCACUUGAAGAUGCUGUCAGAGUGUCCCAGAUUGUUGAGGGCUACGAGCUACCCUCUGUGGUCUAUCGCUGUAUCGAGUAUUUGGAUGCCAAGAAUGCAGUGAUGGAAGAAGGCCUGUACCGAUUGAGCGGCAGUACCACGGUUAUGAAAGCAUUGCGACAAAAGUUCAACAAGGACGGCGAUGUGAACCUGUUGGCAUCCAAAGAAUACUACGAUGUGCAUGCGGUUGCUGGCCUAUUGAAAAUGUGGCUUCGAGAGCUACCGACGAGCGUGUUGUCGCGCGAACUGCGAACGGAUUUCCUGCAUGUCAUUGAUCUCUUGGACCGAAAGGACCGCGUGAACGAACUGGGCCGAUUGGUAUCUCAACUGCCGCUCGCCAACUAUACCUUGCUGCGUGCACUCACUGCGCAUCUGAUCCGUGUCGUGCAGCACUCGGAUAUCAACAAGAUGACGGUACGCAACGUCAGUAUCGUGUUUUCUCCUACCCUUGGUAUACCUGCCAUGAUCUUCAACUUGUUCAUGAGUGAGUUCGAGUAUGUGUUUUGGACGACUGAAGAUGGCGAUGCUGCUCCUCGUCGUAUUGAAGACGAGCCUGCGUCGUCUUGUUCUUCUCCAGCUCCUCCCCGUCCUCCACCCGCUGUCGCAGUCGCUACCUCAGUGGAUGAUGAAACGGCAUCGUGUCCGUUAGCAACACAGCAGCAAGACGACAGGGCAACAGCACCUCAACCUUCUUUAGCAACGCAACAAGCAGAAAGAUCAUCCGAACAGCAGCCACCAGCACCAGCAGCAGCACCUGCACCUGCACCAGCACAACCAGCUCUGGGAAGAAAGCCAACGCUUAAAUUGCGAGAAGAAUUUGGUCGCAGCAACCGCAAUAGUGUCAACUAUCUCGACGGUGCACCCAAUGCUAUUGUGGAGUUAGAGCGACACAUGGAUGGACCACCGGUUCUUGACGAGGACGAUGAGGACUUUAACGAACUAUCGCUGACAUCUGCACCACGGGUCUCUGAAGACGACACCUGCUCGAUAAAGAGUUCAGAUAUCAGCACUACACCUCACGAUCAACAGCAGCAGCCAUCACCAUCUCAUCCAACUAAUACUACCAAUACUACUUCUACUACUACCACUACUACUACUACCUUUACAACUACUAGUUAAUCUGUUUCUAUAUUGUCCACUCACUCUACCCCUCAGUCAUUGUUUCUCUCUCUCUCUCUCUCUCUCUCUAUACUCUCUAUCUAUCGCUGUGUCUCUCUCUCUCUCUGAAAGAAUAAUCUCACUUUCCUCCCCUUCCCCAUGACUCUAUUUAAAGAAGAAGGGGGCUAACAAAAAUAAUGCCAUAUUACUCUCACUCUGUCUAUUCCUGAUCGCUUCUUGAAGCGAUAGUUACUCUGAACAGGGAAAAGGACUGCACGAUCAUGAUAAAAUACUGCGUACAUUCAUCCACACUGUACAUGACGCUUACACUUAUUUAAUUAUCCAUCACAUUAUCCCUUACACCCCCUUUAUUUUUCUCUCUCUCUCUCUUUUUUUUUUUUCUUCCUUUCACUUGUUUGUUU